AUGGCCUUGCCUUUGAGUCUUUCGACUUGUAAUUUAAAGAUUUGUCAUGUAAACGCUCAGUCGCUCAGAAAUGAAUGUCAUUUCGAACUUUUUAAAGAAUAUUUCAGGUGUCAUAAUUAUGAUAUUAUUGCUGUUUCAGAGACGUGGUUAAAUCAUCUAAUACCUGACGAUACUGUAUAUCUGCUAUCGUACACUCUUUAUCGCCAUAAUCGUCGUCUUCGAAGCGGAGGAGGUGUUGCUCUCUAUGUCCGGAGCUGGAUUAAAGCUAAAUAUGUUGCAUCUUCAGCGAAUUUAGAAGACAAACAUCCUGGGUUCUGUAACUGUUUGGAUUUACAUAUUGUUGAGUUCUCUCCAACUCACCACUUGGAAAACUCAGAAUCUUGGAUUGAUGCCUGUAUAGUAGAUGAUAUUGCUAAGGUGUUGACGUCGGAACAAUCUUCAGAGCCAUUUAUCUCUGAACACGAUUUAAUUUCUGUGACUUAUAAUUAUAAGGUAGAGUUACAACAACUGAAUAGUUUUGUAUAUAGAAACUGGAAUACUGUUGAUGAUAAUAAGCUGCGAGAAAUGUGUGAAGAUGUUGAUUAUAAAACUCUGAGUGAACUGAACUCGGCUAAUGAAAUGAACACAUGUUUACAUGCUCAUAUUGAUCGUAUUGUAAAUAUUGUUGCGCCUGAAAAAUUAGUUGUUCCGCGUCGACCACCUGCACCAAGGACGGGCUACGCUUAUAAAGAGUACUCUCAUGUCAGACGUUCAGUUAAGCAGCGUAUUACUGAAGCGAAGAAGAAAUACUUUGAUUGUCAAUUAAUCAAUGCUAGAAACUCGCGGGAACUUUGGAAUGAUCUGAGGAGAUUGGGUUUAUCUAAGCAAAAGGACUUACAUACUAUCAUAAAAGUUGACUUGAAUGAACUGAAUCAAUUUUUCGUUUGUGCGUCGGGUAAUUUCAUGGACCUGGAUGUUGAUACGUCAGAUAUCUUAAUAACCGAUAAUAAUGAAAUUAAAUUCACUUUUGAAGAGCUAAAUACGGUAACUAUUAGAAAAUCAAUUAUGAGAUUAACAUCGAAUUCAGUUGGUUCAGAUGGUUUUUCUAUCAGGUCAUAUAAAUGCAUACUGCCUUUUUUCCUGGAAGCAAUUACAGAUUUAUUCAACGUGUCGCUGUCAACCGGGGUCUUUCCUGAGGAUUGGAAGCUAUCGCAUGUGAUACCGAUUCCAAAAAAGGCUUAUCCAUCAAACUGUGAAGACUAUAGACCUAUUUCACUGCUGCCAAAUUUCUCAAAAGCUUUGGAAAGAUGUGUACACGAUCAAUUUGUUAAAUAUAUAAAUGAAAACAACUACUUUGAUGAGUAUCAGACGGCUUUUCGUGAAGGACUGGGCACGCAGACUGCUGUUAUAAAGUUCUGUGAUGAUAUUAAGCUAGCGGUUAACGAGUCUAAAGUUACAAUUGCGGUCUCGUUUGACCUCAGUAAAGCCUUUGAUUCUGUUAACCAUAAGAGAUUAUUGAGCAAAUUAUUACUUAUGAACUUCUCGAAUUCAGCCGUUGAGUGGGUUAAAUCAUAUUUAACAAAAAGAAAGCAGUCGGUGCGCUCAAAUAAAAAUAUCUCAUCAUGGGAAGAAAUAGUGAGUGGUGUACCUCAAGGAAGCACGAUUUAUUGA